CAGCAAAAGUCCGCGCCGACCAGAAUCUGCUGUGACGGAGUGCGCCCCCUCCCUGCCAUGGAUGUGGAGCAGCAAGCAUUCUUGCACAGGGGAGAGCUUUCACGUCUUUCAGCGGCUCUGCAAGAAUGCGCACAUGGCGUCGAGGGCGGAGGGGACAGGCUCUCAGCGCUGUACAAGUGUAUCGAUGAGGCUGCAGAGAUUCGACGCCAAGUUUCCGCAGUCAAGUCAUCCCAUAAGGAAUGCACCUUACCAAGCAUGCUGAAGGCUCACAGACAGCUGCACGCCGACUUAGACUUCACGCAAGCGGAGGCCGACGCUUUGCUUGUGGAAUCAAGGACACUUCUGGAGGCUCAGCAACAGGGCCUGCAGCUGGCUGCCGAGGACCUGCAAACCAGGGAGCAUGCGGCAAGCCGACGGGAGGCAGAUACGCAGGCUCGGCAGCAGGAGCUGGAAGUGCGAUCGCUGCAGUCCCGGCAGCAGCGCUUGCAGUCUGAGGUGCAGGCAAACGAGGAGCUGCUAGUUGCAACGGAGGAGCAGGAAAGUGUGGUGAAAGAGAGCCUGGCUGCGUCCACGUCCAGUUGCAAGGAGCUCGCCAGCAAGCUGGAACAGCUCAAGGACCCGUUUCGUUCGUUUGGCAGUCUGCAAGAACUGGAGCUGGAAGUGAAGAUCGCUGAAGAAAGUGUGACAGCAGAGGAAGCAGCUUUGGAGGCAAUGCGUUACCGAUGCACGAGCAACAGCUCAGCUCGCGCGAGCGCGUGGGCGCGAGACCUGAGAUCGGAUGAGAUGCGCAAGGCAGCGCAGUGCCUGCGGCGCUGCCAGGAAGAAGAAGCAUCAAGUGUGCAGCACUGGCAGGGAAAGCUGCGCGCGGCUGAAAAGGCCGCCAGUGAGGCUGCCUCCAGAGUGAAACAGAGGCAUGCAGAGGCUCUUCAGUCAGUUCAUCAGGAGGCCAACCAGGAGUCGCUGGAGCUGAGGCUGGCUCUGGUGAACCUCAGGAGCGAGCUCAACAAUGCCGAAGGCGCCGUGAGGGCCCAAGCGCCCGGCGGGCCGCCGGCGCUGCAGCGCGGUGCGGCGGAGCUGCGGCGGCGGCGCCAGGAGGAGCUGGAGACGUCGGGCCAGGUGCAGCGGCUGCGGCGAGAGGUCGAAGCCCUGGAGCAGACAUUGGCUUCAGAGGCGAAGGCGCAGGACUUGCCUGGCAAACACCUGGAACAGAAGAGCCAAGCUGAAAUUCAAUGCCUGGCCGAAGAAGUUCGCAGCUUUCGUGUCGAGGCGACAGCUGGGUUUUCUCUGCCACUGCCUCCUUCCGAGUUUCCCACCACGCACGGAGCUGAGUUAGGAACUAUCGACGGCAAGAAAUACAGUUGAUAAGAUCAGACGCUGCACAAAGAGAGAGAGAGAGAGAGAGAGAAAGUGAGAGAGCGAAAGAGUUGCAAGAGGUGUUGGACUUGCUGGUGCUCACUAGGGGGAA